GGUUGGUAAGGUAGAUAAUCGUAUGUAGCAUUUUAUACAUUACCUUCUUUUUCGUGAUUUCUUAAUGUAAUUCAUAAGUGCUUCACGAUAUUGUUGUAGAAAACGUAUGUGUAGAUAUUGUAUAUUAAUUUCAUCAAUAAACUUAUACGGAAAAUAUAUUAGUUUUCUAAUAAUACUGAAAAGGUUUUGCUUCACAAUGGCUGAACUUCUUUUGGAUUCUAAUAUUCGUGGAUGGGUAUUUCUACCUAUAGUUGUUAUCACAUUUUUAGUUGGAAUUAUUCGACAUUAUGUUUCUAUAUUACUGGCUUCACAGAAAAAAGUGGAAGUUCAUCAGGUGCAAGACAGUCAAGUGAUGAUACGGUCUAGACUUCUUAGAGAAAAUGGUCAAUAUAUUCCAAAAUUUGCAUUUAUAAUGAGACGACAUUUUUUUAAUAAUGAAGAAACAGGAUACUUUAAAACACAAAAGCGUGCACCUGUAUCACAAAAUCCAAUGACUGAUCCUAACAUGGUGACAGAUAUGUUGAAAGGAAAUUUAACAAAUGUUUUGCCAAUGGUCCUUAUAGGUGGCUGGAUUAACUGGAUGUUUUCUGGAUUCGUUACAACUAAAGUUCCAUUUCCUUUAACGUUAAGAUUUAAACCAAUGUUACAACGAGGCAUAGAAUUAGUCACUUUAGAUGCUGCAUGGGUAUCUUCUGCAUCAUGGUACUUUUUGAAUGUAUUUGGAUUACGUUCUAUUUAUACUCUUGUACUUGGUGAAAAUAAUGCUGCGGAUACAUCUAGACUUUUACAAGAUCAAGUGUCGGGUGCAGCAAUGUCAAUGCCACCAGAUCCAAAAGCAGCUUUUAAAUCUGAAUGGGAAGCUUUAGAAAUAUGUGAACACAAUUGGGCACUACAAGGGGUAGAUACAGAUCUUACGGGACCUCAUAGUAGACCAGAUACAAGUGAUAGUAUAUAUCAUCAAAGUAAAUCUUAAAUAUUCUAUUAGCCAACAUUUUCCUAAAGAUAAUAGUAUAAUCUUAUAAAAUUCUUGGAAAUUUCAAC